CCGCUCUCCAGGUUCUGCUCCAGGGGGUGGCGGUGGCGAUGGGGGCUGGAUUCGCGCCCGCCGCUCGCCCAGGGGCUGGGGACGCAGCCCCCCCCCCGUGAAAGGCCGCAAGAGUCUUCCACGAGCUCUCCGUAGUUUGGUUCAAGGCAAGUUUGCUCGAGGGAGGCUUAAUUUAACAUCUCCCGCUUUACCUCUUCGCGCUGUUCCCCUCCCGCAUCCAUGGCCUUCAUGGCGAGAGCUCUUUCGCUCGCUGGCCUGUUGACUACCGUGGGCGCGCAGGAGAAAUCGGAUUACAAGGAGGUCACGCCAGCAACAGCGGGAACUGGAUAUAAUCAGGAGUGCAAGGACCUCGAGACAGUCGGCGAGUGGCAAAAUGUACAGUCGGCGGCCCAGUGCGAGAAGUAUGCCACGAUGGUGGGGGGCACGUUUUCAGAUCUGCAACCCGGUCAGGCACCGUUCGGUUGCUCCGUGGGCGACUGGGAGACAGCUAACGAAUACUACUACGUGCCAGACGCGACGCCCAACCGUGGCCCGACAAGCCAGGAGUACCACAACGUCUGCAUCUCGAGCUCAUACACCCCCCCACCCCCACCCCCUUGCCAGGGCAUGACCUGCCUUGACAGGUUCGCGCAUCAUUGCGAGGAGAGCAAGGCGGACUCCGGCUCCAACAACAACGCGGUGGCGCCCGCGAAGUCUCCGAAGGACAUCCUCGUUGCCGAGUGCCCCGACUGCGAUGGCGUCGCCGACACGGACAUUUGCCCAACGAAGCUUCGCUUGUACGAUGCCGCUCAGGAGGCGAAGCCGACCUUGACGCUCGACAAGACGUCAGUUGCGGUGUCAGUGCCGCUUGGAUUGGUGUCCGCUCUUGUCGCUAUGGGUGCGCUCGUCCGCGUCUCCCGCAGCCGCGCGUCCAACCAGCCAGUGCCCGUGGAGGACGAGCAAGACUUGCUGCGCAAGUGAACGAGUCCGCCUGUGGCAGCAGCUUGGGACCAGAGGGCACAAAGCUUGCCGAGUCACGAAUAAUCUUCUUAGAUGCCUCCCCGCCUGACGUGCGCAAUCGCUUUGCGCCAGCUCAGCGAUCAAGGUCGCGUGCCUCUCUCUCUUUCUCUCUCGCUCUUUCACACGAACAACACUACAACAUCCUGCUUACCUCCCUCCCCCCGACGUCCCCGCAGCCCUGCGUGUGCUCUGGCGCCGCCCGGAACGCAGUAAGGAGACCAACCUUCUGCUGGCUCGCUGCAGCCCCCGGGGCCCCGCCUCACUUUGACUUGAGUUUGAAAUUUCGCUACGCGCGAGUCGCGACGAAGCUUCGCUCCAUUUUUCCCGUCUUCCAAACAAGUGAUGGCCAUGGCGGCCCCCGGAGAACAUCAGGAUGGCCCCGAUACCCCCCCUUCUCACCUCGCCUCGCCUGGCCCUCUUUUAUCUGCUCUUUCCUCGCCCCCCUCGUUCUCCUAUUCCUCCGCAUGCUGUUCCUCUCUCAUAUACUCAUUGCCU